AUGCAGAAUCCCAAAACUGUGCCAAUCCCUGACCCCAGGAAACCCAGAAUAAGGGAUCCCGUGGGCCCAGGGUCACCCAGAAUCAGGGACCCCCAUGCCCAAGGUCACCCAGAAUCAGGGACCCGCAGGCCCAGGAUCACCCAGAAUCAGGGACCCGCAGGCCUGGGAUCACCCAGAAUCAGGGACCUGCAGGCCCAGGAUCAGCCAGAAUCAGGGGCCCCCAUGUGCCAGAUCACCCAGAAUAAGGGACCCCCCCCAGACUCAGGGACACCCAGAAUCAGGAACACCCAGACCCAGUGUCACCCAGUAUCAGGGACCCCUAUGCCCCGGGUUACCCAGAAUAAGGGAGCCCCCAGGCGCAGGGUCACCCAGACCCAGGGACACCCAGAAUCAGGGACAUCCAGACCCAGGGACAUCCAGACCCAGGGUCACCCAGAAUCAGGGACCCCCAGACCCAGGGUCACCCAGAAUCAGGGACCCCCAGACCCAGGGACAUCCAGACCCAGGGUCACCCAGAAUCAGGGACCCCCAGGCCCAGGGUCACCCAGAAUCAGGGACCCCCAGGCCCAGGGUCACCCAGAAUCAGGGACCCCCAGGCCCAGGAUCACCCAGAAUCAGGGACCCCCAGGCCCAGGGUCACCCAGAAUCAGGGACCCCCAGACCCAGGGACAUCCAGACCCAGGGUCACCCAGAAUCAGGGACCCCCAGACCCAGGGUCACCCAGAAUCAGGGACCCCCAGACCCAGGGUCACCCAGAAUCAGGGACCCCCAGACCCAGGGACCCCCAGACCCAGGGUCACCCAGAAUCAGGGACCCCCAGACCCAGGGUCACCCAGAAUCAGGGACCCCCAGACCCAGGGUCACCCAGAAUCAGGGACCCCCAGACCCAGGGACAUCCAGACCCAGGGUCACCCAGAAUCAGGGACCCCCAGACCCAGGGUCACCCAGAAUCAGGGACCCCCAGGCCCAGGGUCACCCAGAAUCAGGGACCCCCAGACCCAGGGACAUCCAGACCCAGGGUCACCCAGAAUCAGGGACCCCCAGACCCAGGGUCACCCAGAAUCAGGGACCCCCAGACCCAGGGUCACCCAGAAUCAGGGACCCCCCAGGCCCGAGGUACACCAGAACCUGUGA